GGCUCGACAAGUCUCCAGAAGUGACGGGCCGUGCGGCCUACGAUGCUUUCCAGGCAAAGUGGGACCGUUUUGACAACGAUCACUACUUGGAGGCAGUGAUUGACGAGAUUGGCAAGAAGCUCAAUGGCCAGAAGUUCAAUGCUGGAACGAAAGACUCGACAUCCGCCAUAGGCCUCGGCAAGAAUUCAUCGCGGCCUGUCGCCGAGUUCAAGGUGCUGCUGAUCGGUGACAAAGCCGUUGGGAAGAGCUCUUUCCUUCUGCGACAUUGCACAGGUGAAUUCGUCAGGAGUGGAGCAGCGCGAGACACCGAGGUGGUUUCGCUGCGCUUUGCCACAACGUGUGGCGAGAUCGUUUUAAAUCUUUGGGAGCUGGACCCUGCCGCGGAAGAGCGGAAAUUUGGACAAGCCCAGGCCGCUAUCAUCAUGUACGACAUGGGGUCGCGCGCCUCGUGGCGGAGCGUGCCGAACAUUCUUCGGGACGUCAACAAGCACUGCGGCACAAUUCCAGUUCUGCUGGUUGGCAACAAGAGCGAUGUUGAGGGCCAGCGGAAAGAGCAAACACGCUCAGCCCGGUUAGCUUUCCAGCGGAAGCGGCGCCUCCAGCAUUUUGAGACUAGCGUGCAGACCUGCGACAACUUGGAGAAGCCAUUCUGGUGGUUACUGCGAAGACUCUCCGGCUGCUCCAGUUUGGAGCUGGCAGCGCCGCGAGCCAAUUCUCCAGAAGUUCAACUAAAGCCG